AACUCAACUAUUCGGUGCUUGGCCCCGGUCGAUUGGUCUUUUUACACCUUUUUGCUUUAUUCUUUGCAAUGUAUCUUGAUUCACUCAUUCGCUUUCUCACCGCCCGGGUUUUCUAGACCUGACGGGAGGAGGUUGCGAGCUCCGAAUCUUGCAUUCAGUUGGGGAAUUCGCUAGGUCUUGGUAGGCGGUAGAUAGGGCUCCGUCGGUGGCCGUAUUCUUUCCUGGGGGGAACUCUCGUCGAGUUCUUGGAAUAAAGGAGGGAUUUUCGGCCCGUGGGAUCCGUAUUUAGGGCUAGUUCUUCGGAACACGGGGCUGGAGUUUGCACAGAUAUCUCGAUCUGCUGUCGGCGGCGGCCGAAUCUUGUCUCGUUCUUCAUGGGUAAUUGUGUGGAGAGAUGGGGCGAUAUAUGAUACAGCAGGAUGGAGGGUAGGAAAGAAAGGGGGAGAUUAAGGAAUUUUGUCCGGCGCAUGGCAAUGGAGUGCCUUUGCUCUGGAGAGCAGCUGAAAGGGGCAGAUGACACCAUCUGGUCAUCGGACUCUACGUUUACCAAAGAUUUCUCAGCAAGUGGGUACUCUUCCAGGAAUGGAGAGGUUGAGCAAUACCUUGAUAAUGGCAACAUCGAGGAAGCUGAGUUGUCACUGCGGGAGGGCGUGUGCCUUAACUAUGAGGAAGCAAGGGCAUUGCUAGGAAGGCUAGAGUACCAACGAGGACAUGUAGAAGCAGCACUUCGUGUGUUUGAUGGGAUAGACAUAUCUUCGUUAGUUCCUAAGAUGAAAAUCUCAAUUGCUAGAAAAGCACAUCGCCGGAAGACUCGUUCACAAUGGGAUGCUCCACCAAUGCCCUUGCAUGCUGUGAGCCUACUUAUGGAGGCCAUAUAUCUCAAAGCAAGAGCACUUCAUGAUCUCGGAAAGUUCAAAGAUGCUGCACAAGAGUGCAGAAUGAUAUUGGAUAUUGUGGAAGCAGCAGUACCUGAAGGCUUACCAGCAGGCUUUGGAAAAGGUUGUAAAUUGAACGAAAUAAUAUGCAAGGCCGUAGAGUUUCUCCCUGAGUUAUGGAAAUUAGCAGGGUUUUCGCUUGAAGCCAUUUCUGAAUAUAGGAGGUCUCUUCUCAAUAAUUGGAAUCUUGAUGGAGAGACCAUAGCUAAAAUACAAAAGGAAUUUGCUGUUUUUCUUCUGUACAGUGGCUGUGAAGCCCGCCCUCCAAAUCUCCAUUCUCAGUUGGAUGGUUCAUUUGUACCACGCAACAAUAUGGAAGAGGCUACACUCCUUUUAAUGAUUCUAUUGAGGAAGUUUAAUCUGAGGAGGGUUGAGCGGGAUCCCACUGUGAUGCAUCACCUUACUUUUGCGCUGUCCAUGUCAGGGCAACUAAAACCACUGGCUGUACAAUUUGAAGAACUGUUACCUGGUCUGCUAGACAAAAGAGAAUGGUCAUACAAUGUUGCAUUGUGUUACCUGGCAGAAAAAGAUGAUUCUACUGCCCUGAAUCUACUCAAAAGGAUACUGAAGAUUGGACAGGAUUCUGACAACCUCAAAGAACUUCUCCUAGCUUCAAAAGUUUGCGUUGAGAAGGGUGCUCAUGCUGAAGGCGCUGCCUAUGCACGGAGGGCUAUAACUAAUAUACAAGGAGGAUGCAAACAAUUGGCGGGUGUUGCAGAUCUUUUGCUUGGUGUUUCCCUUUCUAAUCAAGCUAGAUAUGCUAUAUCUGAUACCGAGCGAGCUUCUUGGCAGUGUGAAGCACUCGAAGUACUUGGCAGUGCCGAAAAAAACAUGCAUGGGCAAGAUUGUAGGAUAAUGUACAAUCUGAGCCUUGAAAAUGCUGAGCAAAGGAAGUUAGACGCAGCAGUAUUUUAUGCAAAAAAACUGGUGAAGUUAGAGGCUGGAUCAGAGUUGAGGAAUUGGCUUCUUUUAGCUCGAAUACUGAGUGCACAAAAACUGUUUACUGAUGCUGAAACCGUUGUUGAUGCUGCUCUUGAUCAGACUGGGAAAUGGAAUCAAGGAUAUUUGUUGCGAACCAAAGCCAGAAUUCAGGCUGCACAGGGGCAAUUGAGGGAUGCGGUUGGGACAUAUACUCAACUUCUUGCUUUAAUUCAACUUAGAACAAAAGGUUUUGGAGCUGGGAUCUCACUGGCAAAGGGUGGCGAAGAUGAUAAAAGCCUGGAAACAGAGACCUGGUAUGAUCUAGCUCUCUUGUACCUAGGCAUGUCACAGUGGAGGGAUGCAGAAGUUUGUGUAUCAAAGAUAAGAGCAACUAAUUGUUAUUCUGCCUUCGCUUGGCAUGCUACAGGAAAACUAUGCGAAGCGAAAGAUCUUCCAAAAGAAGCUUUGGGGGCUUAUUUUCGAGCAUUAGACUUUGAUAGUAAACAUGUUCCAAGUUUGAUAUCGACUGCUACUAUUCUACGACAACUUGGGGACAGGCCAUUGCCUUCUGUACGGUGCUUCCUGACUGAUGCACUGCAGCUUGAUAGAACAAAUCAUAUGGCAUGGUUUAAUCUUGGCCUACUCUACAAAGAGGAAGGUGGCAGGUCAGCAGCUGAGGCUGCUGAAUGUUUCCAAGCUGCUGCACUUCUUGAGGAAACAGCACCUGUAGAACCUUUCAGAUGACAUAUAUGUACAGGGGCUAUAGAAAUUGUAAGCUAGUAUAUUCUUUCAAAUUUGUUUCACUUACACCGAUGAAGUAGAUUACAAAGUUCCAGAAAUGACCUACAUGAUUGAGAGAUAAUAGCAUCGGGCAAUGUUUCCUUUUUCUUUAACAGUUCAAUAUAUAGUUGAAAUUUGUUUUCUAUACAGGAAGAACAAUGCCGUUCUUCCCAAUUUACUAUGAGCUUUUGUGACCUAAUAUGUUAGUCAGUAACAUUAUAAUGUCAAUAUAUCUUGA